AUGUCUCUGCACUCUUACAUCGACAAGAAGGUCCUCAUCCUCACAGUCGACGGCCGAACAUUACUCGGAACACUCCUAUCGACAGAUCAACUGACGAAUCUUGUUCUGGUGGACACCAUCGAGAGAAUUAUCCGCACGCCCGAUGACCCCGAACCGAGCUCGCAGAUUGAGCAUGGCCUCUACCUGAUCCGCGGUGACAACGUUGUUCUGUGCGGCGAAAUCGACGAGGCCAUUGAUAAAGAUAUCGACUGGACGAAAGUCAAGGGCGAGGUGGUCAAGGGCACGAAGAACGCGUGA